AUGGCUACACCCCGCGCCGACAUCCUCCCCCUCCUCGAGGCCGAACUCGACGCCAUCUUCACCCUCGACCGCUCCGUCUCUCCUCCCGCCCUCCUCGCCCCCGACCUGCACGCCGUGCAAGCCGUCCACGCCCUGCACCACCACCACCCCUGCGCUUCCGUCCUUGCGCUGUCCCCAUCACUCAUCGCCGCCGGCUACCAUGAACGUCUCCGUCCGGAAAAAACCCCUUCCCCUCCUCCGUUAUCCUCGCAUGAGUCCUGCGGCGGCGGUGGCGGCGGCGGCGGCGACGAUGAGGAACCGCCCUCGUCUAUCACGCGGCUGCGACUCUCCCUCGGCCUUUCGGAGCGGUGCGUAGCACACGGGCCGAGCUACGUCUUUCCGGCAUCCUUCUCUGCCUCUUACACGCGCUCGUCGUGGCCUCUACCCACGGAUGUCCGUAUCAUCACAUCCGCAGACGACAUACGUACUACCGCCGCCGCCGUUACUGCUGCUGCUGCUGCUGCGGCGGCGGCGGCGGUAACUGCUGAUGAAGAUGCACCGCCGCGGCUCGCCCGCCCGGAGAACUGGCAGCCCGGCGAGUGGACCGACCUCCUAGCCGGCGCCCUCGGACCCUGGGCCAUGGCCGUCGUUGCGAGCGACGCCGACGCGAACAGUCACCCAGACGCAGACGCAGACGCGGACAACUCGAAAAACAGCAAUCACAGAGAGCAGCGCAGCAACCACAGAGGCCAACAUAGCAAUCACAGCAAGCCGCCCGCGCUGCUCACCCCCAUAUCAAUCUGCUUCUGCGCGCGCCUCACCGCCUCCGCCUCCGAGGCCGGCAUAUGGACGCACCCCUCGCGCCGCGGGCAGGGCAUCGCGCCCGCCGUGGUGGCCGCCUGGGCGGUUACGAUGAUGAUGCAGCAGCAGCAGGAGGAGGGCGGCGGCGGCGGAGCGGCCGCUCACGGCGGAGGCAGCAGCGGCGGCGAUCGUGAUGGCGGCACGCAGAAGGGGAAGCAGACGCGGACACUAUUCUACAGCACAAGCGCCGACAACGCCGCCUCGCAGGCCGUCGCCCGGCGGUUGGGCCUGGUGCCCUUUGCGCAGAUAUGGAAGCUGCUGCUGCGCGACGAGGAGGAGCCAGCUGCACCGCCGCGGAAUUGA